GGUGCCCCGCGGGGCUUCCUCCCCGGGGAAGGGAGAGCGAGAGCCUAGGGGGGCAGGGAGCCGAGGGCCCCUUCUGCCUGUCGGGGCGGCGGCGCGCUAGGGCAGUGCCAUGCUGCUCUCCGUCCUGGCGGCGUUGUGCCUGGGGCUGCGCCUGGCGCUGGGCGUGCGCGGCGCGCCCUGCGAGCCGGUGCGCAUCCCCAUGUGCCGGCACAUGCCCUGGAACAUCACGCGGAUGCCCAACCACCUGCACCACAGCACGCAGGAGAACGCCAUCCUGGCCAUCGAGCAGUACGAGGAGCUGGUGGACGUGAACUGCAGCGCGGUGCUGCGCUUCUUCCUCUGCGCCAUGUACGCGCCCAUCUGCACGCUGGAGUUCCUGCACGACCCCAUCAAGCCGUGCAAGUCGGUGUGCCAGCGCGCGCGCGACGACUGCGAGCCCCUCAUGAAGAUGUACAACCACAGCUGGCCCGAGAGCCUGGCCUGCGAAGAGCUGCCGGUCUACGACCGCGGCGUGUGCAUCUCGCCGGAGGCCAUCGUCACCGACCUCCCCGAGGACGUUAAGUGGAUAGACAUCACGCCAGACAUGAUGGUACAGGAGAGGCCUCUUGAUGUUGACUGUAAACGCCUAAGCCCUGACCGCUGCAAGUGCAAAAAGGUGAAGCCGACUCUGGCGACAUAUCUGAGCAAAAACUACAGCUACGUCAUUCACGCCAAAAUAAAAGCUGUGCAGAGAAGCGGCUGUAAUGAAGUAACGACCGUGGUGGACGUGAAAGAGAUCUUCAAGUCCUCAUCACCCAUCCCUCGGACGCAGGUCCCGCUCAUUACCAAUUCUUCCUGCCAGUGCCCCCACAUCCUGCCCCAUCAAGACGUGCUCAUCAUGUGUUACGAGUGGCGCUCCAGGAUGAUGCUUCUUGAAAACUGUUUAGUUGAAAAAUGGAGAGACCAACUUAGUAAAAGAUCCAUACAGUGGGAAGAGAGGCUCCAGGAGCAGCGGAGGACAGUUCAGGACAAGAAGCGAACGGCUGGGCGUACCAGUCGUAGCAACGCCCAGAAACCAAAGGGAAAGCCGCCCUCUCCCAAACCGGCCAGCCCCAAGAAGACCGUCAAAGCUAGGAGUGCCCAGAAGAGAACAAACCCGAAAAAAGUGUGAGCCACCUGCUUUCCAGAAUGGAGACUGCCUCUCAGGAUGAGGCCAGGCACCCCCCAGCCAGCCUGGGGGGGGGCGAGGUGCCCCUCUCCUCGCCUUAACGACUGCAGUCCUCCCCAUAGACACAUCGUACAGCAGUUUUCUUAGUGAUACGCUUCAAUUUUUUCUUUUUAAGCCACCACAAAACCCUAGUGGUAGGUAUGUCCUUUGGUAUGGAAGGUAUAUGAAAGCUGAGAGCUGGUGGACAAAGCUUCUAGCGGCAUUCAGAGUAGCCUUCAUGGUGCGUGGUCUGUGAGAUCUCUGGGUGGGGAAAGGGUGCUUUGGUCCUUACCAUUUGACCUAAUAUGUGCAUUGUAAAAUGAAUGCCAUAUUACAAACAAACCCCCCCAUUUUUUUUUUUUUUUACAAUAUGUUGUAUUUCAGCUUGACUUCUGUUGUUAGAAUGUUCGUCAUGUUUCAGAAUGUGAUUGAAAAUGCAAUGAUUCUAAGGAGGGAAGCAAGAGGAAUGAAGAAUGAAUGUCUUAAAAGAUCUUUCUAUGUUUACUGUUUGCACAAGAAUUUCUGUGAUGAAAGGGAAUUUUCGAACAAUCUAGAAAAGUAGGAUAUGGAAAACUGUAAUGUUUGUUUUUGGUUUUGUUUCUGUUUUUUUUACAAAGAAGCCUUUCACCUAGAGUUUUUAGCUAGACACACUCUAGAAACUAAAAUAAUAAUGAUGAUAACUAAAUAAAUAAAAGGGAAAGGCAGACAUACCACAUCCGGAUCCUUAUUUUCUGGUUACCACGCCGUUGGGUGGAAAGGCUCUGAAUUUACAUUCCUUUACGCUUCUCGUUAGUAACCAUUACAUGGCACCAGAAACAGAGUGUGUUUCUCCUCUGAUGCUUUAUAUGCCAAUGACUCCACCCCCAAGAAUUUCACACGGGUGUAUGUGAUGCUCAUGUCAUUUCCCAGGAUGCCCUAGGCAUCUUGAUGCCAAGCCUGAAAGAAUUUUCUCUCUGCUGGUAGCUGGUGCUUACAGAGGUGCUGUGGGCCCAGUGUGGGAGGGCCAGGCCUCCAAAGCCCCUGGUUCUCAGCCACCGCCCCACACCAGCUCUGCCCCUGGAAAGGCAACUACGUUCACUCUUCCAUUCAAGGAUGUAGAGGAACGACCUGAAAGCUUACAUAGAAAAUCUCCUUUAGGUUUACCAUUGCCCCUGCUUCUCAGAGAAGGAGUAAGUGACAUGUUGCACUCACACAAGAUCAUCAGACACAUGAUCUAAUCUCACCUCUGUAAGCCACUGGGACGCAGAAAUGAGGUGUGUGGGUAAGCCAGGGGAGAGUGGAGAAACGGGGCUAGUAAGAAUGCCGGCAUGGGCUCCCCUCUCGUCCUAAAAGUGUAACAGGACGCCUGUGUCACCACCACCCCAGGGCAGCAGAGUUAAAGGAAUCCAGUAGAUGGACUGACACAAGGGUACCAAGAAACACUCGGUGUAUGUUUCUGCUAUAUGAAAGGCCAAACUUCCUUGGCCCUUAAGGACUGCCAGAUACGUGUUUAGCAGAGCAUCCAAAGAAAGGCCAUUAAACGGCCCUGGCAGCCUAGCUUACCUCCUUAGCAUUGUAGGGCUUCUUCGGGGAAGGGAAUCAGAAAUGGAACUCUUCGUGGGAAUGGAGAAACAAACACAUAUGAAAAAACAAAAGUAAACACUAUUUUCAGUGCAAUACUGAAUACAAAUAAGAGUUUGGAGAUGACUACAUACUCAAGCACUGUUUACUGAAAAUAUUUAACUGAAAUCAUAUACUGAAUAUUACACAAAACUUGCUACUUCGUUAGGAACAACGAUAUAUUAUACGAUACUUAACUGUGCACAUUUAUACAUCAUACGAUAUGUAAUCGGGUGUGUGUAUCAGUUUGAUUAAUAAAUAAAAGAGUUAAGCAGGCCUCCAGUUAUUAUGAAAAAGUAAAAAACAUCAGCCCACACUAAGAGUAAUAUAACAAGUGUGGUAGUGGUCUUUGGUGAGGAUCAGAGAUUUAUUUUUCUCCCUUAAAUAUUUUCUCCAUCCAAAUACAUGUGAGAGGAAGUAAAUAUUAAUAUGUGGAGAGGAAAGCUGAGGUAUUGAAAUGAUAAUUAUUUGAAGGUUGGAUUGCUUAUGUGAGGAAAAAACAUUUUUGCAAUAUUUUGAUCAACAAAUUUCAUAAUUAAGGACAAUGGGAGGCAUUUACUUUUUCAAUAAUUUUGUUGGUCUUUCAAUAAUACAGUAAACAUGUAUUUUCUAGAAAGUAUUUAAUAUGUGCAUAAAAUACAAGUAGUGGAAUUAUAAUCCUACCUAAUCCUAUCAUCACUAUGCAGAGGUAAUUGCUGUUAGUAUUUUGGUGUACAAUUGUCCAGGUGUUUCUUACGCAUUUAUAUAAUGAUUUGAGUAAAAAAAAAAAAAA